UGCCGCGCGCCCGGCCGGCCGGUGGUUGCGUGGCCGAGCGCCUCGUUGCGGGCCGCGGAGAGCCGUGGCGGCCGCCGGGGACCGAAAGGGGCGGAGGAAAGCCGGGAGCGGAGGGGUCCGGCCCAGACCCCCGGAGGAGCCGCCGAGAAUGCCGCGGGACAACAUGGCCUCCCUGAUCCAACGGAUCGCCCGCCAGGCGCGCCUCACCUUCCGGGGCAGCGGGGGCGGCCGCGGCGCUUCCGACCGCAGCGCGGCGUCAGGCCCCGAGGCGCAGAUGCCGCCGGGCUUCGCGGACAAGCUGAACGAGCUCAAGCGGCUGCUGACUCAGGUCCGCGCCGAGGACCUGAACAUCGCCCCGCGCAAGGCCCCGCUGCAGCCGCUGCCGCCCAGCCUGCCGCCCGUCACCUACAUGCACAUCUACGAGACGGACGGCUUCAGCCUCGGCGUGUUCCUGCUCAAGAGCGGCACGUCCAUCCCGCUGCACGACCACCCGGGCAUGCACGGCAUGCUCAAGGUGCUGUACGGCACGCUGCGCAUCAGCUGCAUGGACAAGCUGGAGGCGGACGGCGCCCACCGGCCGCGGGGCCCCCCGCCCGAGCAGCAGUUCGAGCCGCCGCUGCCGGCCCGGGAGCGGGCGGCCCUGCGGCCGGGGGUGCUGCGCUCGCGGGCCGAGUACACGGAGGCCAGCGGGCCGUGCGUGCUGACGCCGCAGCGGGACAACCUGCACCAGAUCGACGCGGUGGACGGCCCGGCCGCCUUCCUGGACAUCCUGGCCCCGCCCUACGACCCCGACGACGGCCGCGACUGCCACUACUACCGCGUGCUGGAGCCCGUGCGGCCGCCGCGCAAGGAGGCCGCGAGCUGCGAGCUGCCCCGGGAGGUGUGGCUGCUGGAGACGCCGCAGUCCGACGACUUCUGGUGCGAAGGGGAACCGUAUCCGGGGCCCAAGGUGUCGGCCUGAAGGCUUCCCCGGCGCCCAGGAGCCACCCGGGCGGGCUGGCAGGUGCCCCCGGCCCGGCCCCCCGCCACAAGGGCUCAGCCUCCCCGCCGGGCCCUGCAGGAACAGGCG